CUGUUCUGUUCUGUUCGAACGAUAGAUGGUUCCGUCAAUAUUGUAGAGCAGAGGGUGGAAUGCGAAACAGCACAAAUUAGACCAUCUGUCUUCCGGCUUGAGAAACCGGCGAGAUGGGUGUCUAGCGUCACGCUCUGUCCCAGCGUCUGCUUGGUCGUCAUCUAGGAUGGAUGCCCGGGGUGAAAAUCACCCACUUGAACGUCUCUUGGCUCGACUGUCGUUCAAGCGGCUCGACCUGAGCGUACUCCGUAUGGGGAUCAUGUCGCAUAAGCAUGACACUGCAUUAGCGUCUCUCCGGCCAAGACGGGGCAGUUCAGGCACAAAGAGCACGCUUGUCAACGAACAAAGGGGAUGCGAACGUUCGAACAUUAUGCCAUCGGGGCCGUUCUCUGGAUAGAGGUCGCUCGGAUGGCAAGUCGGUCUAACUGACUAAGGGUCUCUAUUCGCAUAGGUACCGACAUGGUCCUUUGGACUGACUCUUCGAGUGGCUUGGCCGGAUCUGCCUCCGUCUCGAGUUUCCGUCAGGCUCGCGUACCGGCGAAAACCUUGACGGGUAGUACGACCGAAUUUGGUUCCGCAAGGCAGCUAACCACCGGGGUGGCUUCACGGGAAUGACAUUUUUACGCGACUGUCGAAUACGUGUUCGAGGUCUGAUUUCGCAUCUCGAGUCCUGUCCAGUCAAUUGUCACCUUGGAUUGGUUCCUGGUUUUGUCUGCAUACGCAGAAACGAUCUCCAGUAAGACAGCCUGAGUCGAGAGUUAUACUGGAACAUGCUUUCAAGGAAGUAAGGAGGAAAAGAAA